CCCAAACGUACCCACCCAAUGAUCCUUCGUCCUCGUAAACAAGCUAAUAUUGUCACUCACUCAUCAUUACCUCAUCAUAUUAUUCCUACUUGUGCUUCUCAAGUUUUACAGGUACCUGAAUGGAAGAAGGCUAUGUCUGUUGAAUUUGACAUCUUGGUUCAACAAGGGACAUGGGAACUUGUACCCGCUCAUCCUGGUCAGAACAUUGUUGGGCUGCGAAUGGGUUUAUACUGUGAAAUAUAAGCCUGAUAAUAUGGUUCCUUGGAUCGUUUCAAAGCUCGAUUGGUGGCUAAGGGCUUUCAUCAGCGCCCGCGGAUUGAUUACUCCGAGACCUUUAGCCCAGUCAUCAAGCCAGUUACUAUCCGGGUUGUUCUGAUCAUUGCCCUUUCUCAUGGCUGGCACAUAAACCAACUAGAUGUCAACAAUGCAUUCCUACAUGGGGCUCUUCAAGAGGAGGUUUACAUGAAACAACCCCUGGUUUCAAUCAUGGCUCUGGAAGAGUGUGUCGUCUUAGGAAAUCCAUCUAUGAUCUCAAACAAACGCCUCGAGUGUGGUACCAAUCUCUGAGUGGAUUUCUUUUAUCCCUUGGUUUUCAUCACUCAGUUUCUGAUGUUAGCCUCUUCAUCUUUUCUUCUCAUCCCUCUUAUAUCUAUGUGUUGGUAUAUGUGGAUGAUAUUAUUGUCACGGGCUCUACACCAGAUUUGAUUCAUCGGACUAUUGACUUGUUAGCACAAAAGUUCUCCAUCAAGGAUUUGGGAUCAUUACAUACCUUUUUGAGCAUACAGGUCACUCCUACAUCAGAUGGACUCUUUCUUGAUUAACACAAGUACAUUACAGAUUUAUUAUAGGUGUUGCACAUGUACGAGGCGAAUCUGGUAUCCAUACCCUUAGCUUCCUCAGCUUCCUUGACUCUGUUUGAUAGCUCGGGUCCUUGUGAUGCCACCCUCUAUAGUCAAGUUAUUGGAUCACUUCAGUAUUUAAGCCUCACCCGACCAGACACCGCCUUUGCCAUCAAUAAGCUAGCCCGGUUUAUGCACAAGCCCACGGUGAAUCAUUGGCAGCUCAUGAAACGUCUCUUACGGUAUCUUCAAGGAACAGCGAGCCUCUCAUGGUUUAUAUCUCCGCCGGAGUUCUCAGCUUUCAUUGUGUGCUUAUGCUGAUGCAGACUGGGUGGGAAAUCCAGAUGAUCGGUACUCUACGAGUGCCUAUGCCAUUUUUCUAGGAGAAUCGCUUAUUUCAUGGAAGUCAUCCAAGCAACGCACAAUUGCCAAAUCCUUUACCGAAGCAAAGUAUUGGGCCAUAUCCACUGUUGCAUCUGAAACUAUUUGGAUUGAGUCACUUCUUUACGAGCUUCGACAUUCCCCUUCUUCUCCCCCAGUUCUUCUAUGUGAUAAUAAAGGCGCUACCACCUCUUCCGCCAAUCCAGUAUUCCAUUCCCGAAUGAAACAUGUUGCCAUAGAUUUCCAUUUUGUCCGUCAACGUGUACAACGUGGCCUUCUUCGAGAUCUUCAUAUUCCCUCUCAUGAUCAACUAGCUGAAAUUCUCACCAAGCCACUUUCACGGUAGCGAUUUGUUCUUCUACGUGCAUGACAAGCUCAGGAUUCUUAGCACCGAUAGAAUACCUGGCUUGCGG